CGCAAGUUCCAUAGCUAAGCAUGGGGAUCGACCGCGGGAACUGCCUCGUUGAGAGUGAUGUGGAGAAGAUGUUUAUGUAUGACCCGGUCUUAAGCUUGCUACAGCCGAGACAAAUCUGCAGGCAAGGGCGAUGGGUGAUGAGGAAGCGGUCAACCGAGGAGCAAUUGGAGAAUUGCUGGAUUAUAAAAGGUAGAUCGAAGGUGCAAACUUGAGAGAGCCACACGACCUUCUCGUGGCCGCAAAAGAGCCCUCUUCUUCACUAUGCCCGCUACGACUGCACUUCUCGCUGCACUGGCGGCGCUGGUGCCGACCACGUUGGCCCAGGCGAAUACAAGCUAUAUCGAUUACAAUACAGAGCCCCAGCCAAGCCUCGAUGCUCAAACGCUUGGAAAGGUCAAUCUAGGAUUCCCCGAUUGCACCAAGGGACCACUGAGCAAUACCGUGGUGUGCGACACAUCCGCUCGCCCUCAUGAUCGAGCCGCCGCUCUCGUGUCGCUGUUCACAUUCGAGGAGCUAGUCAAUAGCACGGGGAAUAACAUCCCAGCGAUCCCCCGUCUGGGACUUCCACCCUACCAAGUAUGGAGUGAAGCACUACAUGGAUUGGAUCGUGGAAACUUCACCAAAUCUGGCGACUAUAGUUGGGCAACAUCCUUCCCGUCUCCGAUUCUCUCCAUGGCAGCUCUCAAUCGGACCUUGAUCAAUCAAAUCGGUGAGAUCAUCUCGACACAAGGGAGAGCAUUCAACAACAUUGGCCGAUAUGGUCUCGAUGUCUAUGCUCCGAACAUCAAUUCUUUCCGCCACCCAGUUUGGGGUCGUGGUCAAGAGACUCCCGGUGAAGAUGCCUACUGCUUGUGUUCGGUAUACGCAUAUGAGUACAUCACCGGUAUCCAGGGUGGUGUGGACCCCGAGCAUAUGAAACUGGUAGCUACUGCUAAGCAUUAUGCCGGCUACGACAUAGAGAACUGGGACGCCCAUUCCCGGCUUGGGAAUGACAUGAACAUCACCCAGCAGGAUCUGGCGGAAUAUUUCACGCCUCAAUUCCUGACUGCAGUUCGCGAUGCUCGCGUACACAGUGUUAUGUCCUCAUAUAACGCAGUCAACGGUGUGCCUAGUUCCGCCAACUCGUUCUUGCUUCAGACACUUCUUCGUGAUACCUGGGACUUUGUGGAAGAUGGGUACGUCUCAUCUGACUGCGAUGCUGUGUAUAAUGUCUGGAACCCUCACGAAUAUGCAGCAAACAUCUCGAGUGCUGCGGCUGAUUCCAUGAGAGCCGGAACGGACAUUGAUUGUGGAACGUCCUACCAGUAUCACUUGAAUGAGUCCUUCUUCCAGGGCGAAAUCUCGCGCAGUGAGAUCGAGCGUGGAGUCAUCAGACUUUACUCCAACCUCGCCAGUCUCGGGUACUUUGAUGGCAAUAACAGUCAGUACCGCGACCUCACAUGGUCCGAUGUCGUCACUACCGAUGCAUGGAAUAUCUCGUAUGAGGCUGCGGUUGAGGGUAUUGUUCUUCUGAAAAAUGAUGGCACCUUGCCUCUGUCUAAGAAGACGAGCAGCGUUGCUCUGAUCGGCCCCUGGGCCAAUGCCACCACACAACUGCAGGGUAACUACUACGGAGCUGCUCCGUAUCUCAUCAGCCCAUUGGAUGCACUCAAGGCAUCAAAAAUGGAUGUUACUUAUGCUCUUGGUACAAACAUCUCCUCCACCACGACCGUCGGGUUUGCCGAUGCGAUUUCUGCGGCGAAGAAAUCCGACGUGAUCAUUUUCGCCGGCGGUAUUGACAACACGAUCGAAGCAGAGGGAAUGGACAGACAGAACAUCACAUGGCCGGGUAAUCAACUUCAACUUAUCAAGGAGUUGAGUGAUUUAGGAAAGCCAUUGGUUGUGCUUCAGAUGGGUGGUGGCCAGGUUGAUUCUUCCUCCUUGAAAACCAACAAGAAUGUCAACGCUCUGAUUUGGGGUGGAUACCCCGGCCAAUCUGGUGGCCAGGCGCUUUUGGAUAUCAUCACUGGAAAGCGUGCUCCUGCUGGUCGCUUGACAACCACACAAUACCCAGCCGAGUAUGCACUCCAGUUCCCUGCCACAGAUAUGAGCAUGCGUCCUGGUGGCAGCAACCCGGGACAGACAUACAUGUGGUACACAGGAACACCAGUAUACGAGUUUGGUCAUGGACUGUUCUAUACAACGUUCAAGACAUCUUUGUCCCGUGCCAAAGGCAGUGUGGACGCGGCAUCGUUUGACAUUGUCGAUCUCCUGUCUCGGUCCCACGAUGGCUACAAUGUGAUUGAGCAACUUCCGUUCCUUAACUUCACGGUUAGUAUCACCAACAGUGGAAGUGUUUCUUCAGACUAUACGGCAAUGCUUUUCGCAAAUACAACUGCCGGCCCUAAGCCCUAUCCCAACAAGUGGCUGGUUGGCUUUGACCGUCUCGGCUCCAUCAAGCCGCAUUCUUCCGAGAUGAUGACGAUUCCCGUCUCUCUUGACAACGUUGCUCGUACGGACUCGUUGGGCAAUCGCGUAAUCUACCCGGGCAAGUAUGAGCUGGCUCUGAACAACGAGCGCUCAGCCGUUCUGUCCUUUACAUUGACAGGCGACGAGACUGUUAUUUCGAAGUGGCCACUGGAUGAGCAACAGAUUCCCCCAGCUUGA